GUCUAACUGUCUAAGGUGACUGUAGAACGUAGUAAGGUUUCUGAACGAGACACUACAUUCGGUGCUUCUCAAACUAUGAUACUGCAUGAACACUCGUUUCCUGGAAAAAGAAGAAGUGUUAUUUAUUAGCAAUGGAGGAUAUCCCUAAGUUACCCUGGUCUCAGAAGCUGAGUUAUGGAGUAGGCCACGUACUGAAUGACAUCACUGCAUCUCUGUGGUUUACUUAUCUGAUCGUCUACUUACAGUUCGUUUUGUGCUUUAACACUAGCCUGGCCGGUUUGUUACUUUUGGUGGGUCAAGUAUCUGAUGCCUUGUCUACGAUCCUUGUUGGAUACGAGUCCGACACUUCUGUAGAAGGUUACAUAUACCGGAAGUAUGGUAGACGCAAGACACUUCACUUACUUGGAACUCUCUGUGUCAUCCUAAGUUUCCCGUUUAUAUUCACCAAGUGUCCUGGAUGCGAAAAUGCCAGCGAAUGGGCAAUCUUCGUGUUUCUUGCCCCCCUCGUUGUGAUUUUUCAAUUCGGCUGGGCUUGUACACAGGUGUCCCACCUUGCCCUCAUUCCUACUAUAACUUCCAACGAUUCUGAGCGAGAACUUCUGAACAUUUUAAGGUACUCGUUUGAUGUCAUUUCUGAUACUAUGGCUUACAUUGCGGUAUUGGUCGUGUUUGAAACGAUGAGUAAUGGGAAUAUAGACGACUUGAGUAUUACGAGGGAUGAUUCACUCAAGUUUACGGUGAUUUCAUUCCUUUUGGUUGGUGUAGGAGCCGGAUUUGCAGUAAUUUUUCAUAUUGGUGUAAAAGAAAACCAACCACAUCACAACAAACCAACUACGAAGACACCCAGAAAACUGGGUAGUUUAAAGUGGACAUAUUGGCUGAAAAAUAAACAUUUUUAUCAAGUGGCCACUCUCUAUACAGUAGCUCGUAUGUUCCAGAACUUCGUUGGUGUAUUCAUCCCAUUGUAUCUCCAAGAAUCUCUUGGUUUAACUCAGGACUUUUUGGCAAAGAUUCCUUUAGUGAUGAAUCUCAGUGGAUUUUUAGCAUCUUUGUUGUUGAGACUGAUGCUUAAAUUUUGUGGCAAAAAGGUAAGCUUUUAUAAUUAACUUGAAUAAUUU